AUGGCUCCUCGUAGUUUUCCCCAACGCUCCCAAAGCCUUCCAAGUCUGUCCACAUUUGUGUUUCCUCAUUCUCAACUCAUGGAUGAGCAGGAACGUUGGCUCAAUAUUGUCAUUAAAAGCAUUGAAUGCAAAUCGGCCAAUCAACGUGAUGUCACUAUUUUCCUUGUCCCCAAAACCCUAAUGCAUAAUUCUCCUACUUCUUACGUUCCACAGCAUAUUUCACUUGGCCCCAACCAUUGUUGGCGCCCCGAGCUCCAUGACAUGGAGGGUUACAAGAUUUCCGCCGCAAAAAACUUUCAGCAACAUCUACCCGGAGGUAGCUUCAAAUAUCUUGUCGAUAAAUUCGUCAAAAAACACGAAGAGAUUCGCGCUCACUAUCAUAGGUUCAUAUAUUUUAAAGACGACAUUUUAGCCUGGUUGAUGGCGGUAGAUACAGCAUUCUUGUUUGAGUUCCUUCAAAAGUAUACAGAGAGUACGGCUGCUCGGGAUGCCAUUUUAAGAGAUAUGAUGAUGCUUGAGAAUCAAAUUCCGCUAAUUCUAUUAGAAGACGCGCUGCAUGCUCUAUACUCAUCAAAGGGAGUAGCAUCAAACGAAGAAGCACCCGCCAAGGCCACUAGCACGCUGUAUAAAUUGUUGUACGCCUUUCUUCGGAAGGUUUUCCCUUUCGAGUUCUUGACCGAUAGCAAAAAGCCUGGUGUUCCACAACGCAAUGAUUAUCACCACUUGCUCCACUACAUGUAUGACACGAUUCUACCCUAUAAAUCACAUGGUCAGCAAGCUGGUGAUGAUGAUAAUACUGAAGAUGAUGGUGUUGGAGAUAAACAGAAACCGAAGAGCAAAUCUCCUCAUGAGUUAAAACAUAAAACUUGUCGACUCCUGUCCGGGAAUGGUCUGUCUAAAACGGAAUCAAGUGGGGAAGAUGAUAGUAAACCACCGGAGAUCGACAUUCCGUCCGCCACCGAACUUGAAAGAGCUGGGGUACGUUUUUGUCCCAUUUUGAAAGGUAAAAGUUUCAGAGUCAUAAAAUUUGAUUCCAAGAAAGCUAUAUUUGAGCUCCCUCCCAUCACUUUAGAUGACAACACAGAAGUGGUUUUGAGAAACUUAGUGGCGUAUGAAGCAUCGAAUCCAUCGGCCUCAUUGUAUUUUACACGUUACACUGAGUUGAUGAAUGGGAUUAUCGAUACUGCGGGUGAUGUGAAGCUUUUGAAGGAACGGGGCAUUAUUCGUAACAAGAUGAAAAGCGACGAAGAGGCAGCCAGUAUGUGGAAUACAAUGAGCAGGUCUCUGAAGAAGAAAAAAGUAAAAGAUUUGGAUGCAGAAAUCAAGAGUGUUAACGAGUAUUACAAUGGAAAAUGGAAGAUCAAAGCUAAAAAAUUCAUGAAUAACUAUGUUUAUGAAUACUGGCAGUUUCUCACAUUCGUGGCAGCAGUUCUGCUUUUGUUCUUCCAGAUGUUUGAAAGUUUCUGCUCCGCCUACGACUGCACCACCAUCUUUCAUUUCAAGAAGUAG